CACAAACUCAAGUCCUAUCGGCUGGAACGCACUGCUACCAGACGUUACCACCAUGUCGACCGACAGCUCGCUCGAAGCGAAUCGGGUGUUACGCAUCCUCCUCGCCUUUCUGGGUACAACACUAUGCUAUGUGCCCUUGCGCCUCCUGCUUCGAAACAAGCAGUAUGCUGCAGUCUCGCUCAUCCUGACGAUCGGCGUCAUGAACUCCUUCACUGUGCUCAACUCGUCCAUCUGGCCUAACGACCAGUAUGAGAACUGGUGGAGUGGCCACGGUCUCUGCGACAUCGAGGUCUACGUGGCUGCACCAACGCAGACAGCAUAUGCGGCGAGCAUUUUUGCCAUCAUGCGCCGCCUCACCUCGCAGAUCAAGCUCAACAACGUCACGACCGUCGAUAGUCAAUCGCAGGCUAGGAAGAGACUGGUGGAGGAACUUGGUAUCAUCCUUGCAGUCCCGGCCUUCCAGCUGUUAUUCACUCAUUUCGAUCUUGCUCAGCGAUACAUCAUCGGCACACUCGUGGGCUGCUCGGCCGUCUACGACAGGUCUUGGCCAAAGGCCCUGGUGUUUGAUACGCCCCCAGCAGUCUUUGCUCUCGGCUCGAUGCCUUUCGCUUACAUCAUGUACAGACGCUAUCGGAUCAUCACUCGAGAGAACUCAGUGAUAUUUGCGGAUGGGAUCAACCAAGAUGCGUGCCGGCGAGUCGCGCGCACCACCCGCCGGCUUUACCGCAUGUGCUUGAGCAUCCUCGUGCUCUAUGUUCCAUUGAUGCUCUUCUUCUCCAUUAAGAACCUGCGAGACACACUCUCCGGCCGGAGACCGUACGACUAUCGUCACAUGCGUGAAGAAGGCUCUCCGUACCCAUGGCACGCCAUCUUGUUCGUGCCGAGCUGGCUCGUUCCUGGAGCGACGUUGGAGCAGCCGUGGAUCCCCAUUAUCACGAGUUUCGUGGUUGUCGCUUUCUUUGGAGCAACAGAUGACGCUCUGAAGAUGUGGGUAUCGAUAUCCCAAGGCCUCGGCUUGUUGCCAGCUGUGCAAUGCUUGAAUCGGAAGUGCAGCAAGGGCUUGAGACUAUUCCGUCGGCAUGGAAUCAAACUUGACAGACGAACGAGUGCAUUGGACCAACCGCACCCAAUCCGUUUCGAAGAAUCCCUGGACCAGUAA